GGCCACCCAUCCAUCUACCAUCUACUUUAUUGGCAUAUUUAUCAACCACAACGCAGUAAUAUUGACUAUAUUAUCUCUCUGGACAGGCAUUAGAUCUAUGCCCUAUAUUUCUGCAUUUUCCACAUGUCGGUAAUCUGCGCCUUGGUGGUUCUGGCUGCGAUUGAACUGGCGGAACUGCCUGGUUUAGAACUGGUCCAACUGCCUGAUUUGGCUGCUCAACCUGCUGAAAUGCCUCCUGAGCCUCUCCCACUGAUACACCCCCCUCAUGAGCUAGUCGUCUCUGCGUACGAGCCCUCUUUUUCUUUGUUUUCUCAUUUUCAUGCAGUUUUUGAAGGUGUUGGGGGGCUGUUUGAGCGUUGUUUUAGGAAGGUUUUGAUUGAUGAGGCUUGCUUUAAUAGCUCUUUGACAUUUGCAGGUGUUUUGGGGCUGAAGAUGCUUGAUCGACUGGUAGGGCGGCUUCCCGGGGGGGUAGGUGUAUGAAGCCGAAUGUCAAGCUUUGAUAUCACUCGAUUGGCAUUAAGUGGUACUAAACCAGCCGCUGCAAAGCUAUUUU